AUGAGGAUGGUUCAUAUUCUUACUUCGGUUGUUUGCGAUUUAGUACUUGAUGCUGCUCAUGAGAAAAGUACAGAAUCGAGUUUGGGGCCAAAACGUGAAGAAAUAAUGGAGAGUAUCUUGUUCAAGUGCUCAGACUUCGUCGUGGUGCAGUUUAAAGACAUGGACUCCAGCUACGCCAGGAGAGAUGCAUUCACCGACUCUGCCGUCAGUGCUAAAGUCAACGGGGAGCACAAAGAGAAGGACCUGGAGCCGUGGGAUGCAGGUGAACUGGCUGGCACCGAGGAGCUGGAGGCUUUGGAGAACGAUGUGUCUAAUGGAUGGGAUCCUAAUGACAUGUUUCGAUAUAAUGAAGAAAAUUAUGGCGUGGUGUCUACAUAUGAUAGCAGUUUAUCUUCAUAUACGGUGCCCUUAGAAAGGGAUAACUCAGAAGAAUUUUUAAAACGGGAAGCAAGGGCAAACCAGUUAGCAGAAGAAAUUGAAUCAAGUGCCCAGUACAAAGCCCGUGUGGCCCUGGAGAAUGAUGACAGGAGUGAAGAGGAGAAGUACACUGCGGUGCAGAGAAAUUCCGGUGAACGUGAAGGGCACACCGUAAACACUAGGGAAAACAAGUAUAUUCCUCCUGGACAAAGAAAUCGAGAAGUCAUCUCCUGGGGAAGUGGGAGACAGAAUUCCCCAAGGAUGGGCCAGCCGGGGUCGGGCUCCAUGCCAUCAAGAUCCUCCUCUCACACUUCAGAUUUCAGCCCGAAUUCUGGCUCAGACCAAAGAGUAGUUAAUGGAGGUGUCCCCUGGCCAUCGCCCUGCCCAUCUCCUUCCUCUCGCCCACCUUCUCGCUACCAGUCAGGUCCCAACUCUCUUCCACCUCGGGCAGCCACCCCUACACGGCCGCCCUCCAGGCCCCCCUCGCGGCCAUCCAGACCCCCGUCUCACCCCUCUGCUCAUGGUUCUCCAGCUCCUGUCUCUACUGUGCCUAAACGCAUGUCUUCAGAAGGACCUCCAAGGAUGUCCCCAAAGGCUCAGCGGCACCCUCGAAAUCACAGAGUUUCUGCUGGGAGGGGUUCCAUUUCCAGUGGCCUAGAAUUUGUACCCCACAACCCACCCAGUGAAGCACCCCCUCCUGCAGUGGCGAGGACCAGCCCCGCGGGGGGCACGUGGUCGGCAGUAGUCAGUGGGGUUCCAAGGUUAUCCCCUAAAACUCACAGACCCAGGUCUCCUAGACAGAACAGUAUUGGAAAUACUCCCAGUGGUCCAGUUCUUGCUUCUCCCCAAGCUGGUAUUAUUCCGACAGAAGCUGUGGCCAUGCCUAUCCCAGCUGCUUCUCCUACGCCUGCCAGUCCUGCGUCCAACAGAGCUGUCACCCCAUCUACCGAGGCUAAAGAUUCCAGGCUGCACGAUCAGAGGCAGAGCUCUUCUGCAGGCAGUAAAGAAAAUGUCAAGCCCAGUGAGGCAUCACCUAGUUUUUCAAAAGCUGAAAAUAAAGGCAUAUCACCAGUUGUUUCUGAACAUAGAAAACAGAUUGAUGAUUUAAAGAAAUUUAAGAAUGAUUUUAGGUUACAGCCAAGUUCUACUGACUCUGUGGAUCAGUUGCUAAAUAAAAAUAGAGAGGGAGAAAAAUCAAGAGAUUUGCUCAAGGACAAGAUUGAGUCCAGUGCUAAGGACUCUUUGAUUGAGCACAGCAGCAGCACCUGCACGAGUGGGAGCAGCAAACCCAGCAGCCCCAGCAUCUGCCCUUCAGGACUCGGGCCUUCAGAGCCCAGGAGAGGACCAGAGGUCACAUCCCAGGGGGUCCAGACCUCAAGUCCAGGCGGAAAAGCCGAGAAGGGGGAGAAGGAGGAGAAAAAGGAUGCUGCAGAGCAAGUUAGGAAAUCCACGCUGAACCCCAACGCAAAGGAGUUCAACCCUCGUUCUUUCUCUCAGCCAAAGCCGUCUACCACCCCGACGUCGCCUCGGCCUCCAACACAGCCCAGCCCGUCCAUGGUGGGGCCUCCGCAGCCCGCUCCGCUUUAUACUCAGCCUGUUUGUUUUGCACCAAAUAUGAUGUACCCAGUCCCAGUGAGCCCAGGCGUGCAACCUCUAUACCCGAUCCCCAUGACGCCCGUGCCUGUGAACCAAGCCAAGACCUAUAGAGCAGUACCAAAUAUGCCCCAACAGCGGCAAGACCAGCAUCAUCAGAGCGCCAUGAUGCACCCGGCCUCCGCGGCAGGCCCGCCCAUCGUCGCCACCCCUCCAGCUUACUCCACGCAGUACGUUGCCUACAGUCCUCAGCAGUUUCCAAACCAACCCAUCGUUCAGCAUGUGCCACAUUACCAGUCUCAGCACCCUCAUGUCUAUAGUCCUGUAAUACAGGGUAAUGCUAGGAUGAUGGCACCACCAGCACAUGUCCAGCCGGGCUUGGUAUCUUCUGCAGCACCUCAGUACGGGGCUCACGAGCAGACACAUGCGAUGUAUGUCUCUACUGGCUCCCUUGCUCAGCAGUACGCUCACCCCAGUGCUACCCUGCACCCACAUCCUCCACAUCCUCAGCCUGCGGCCACGCCCACCGGACAACAGCAAAGCCAGCAUGGAGGAAGUCACCCUGCCCCCAGUCCCGUUCAGCACCAUCAGCACCAGGCCGCCCAGGCGCUCCACCUGGCCAAUCCGCAGCAGCAGUCGGCCAUCUACCAUGCGGGGCUCGCGCCAACCCCUCCCUCCAUGACGCCCGCCUCCAACACGCAGUCACCACAGAACGGUUUCCCAGCUGCACAGCAGACCGUGUUCACCAUCCAUCCUUCGCACGUCCAGCCGGCCUACACCAACCCGCCCCACAUGGCUCACGUCCCGCAGGCUCAUGUACAGUCAGGAAUGGUUCCUUCUCAUCCAACUGCCCAUGCGCCAAUGAUGCUAAUGACGACACAGCCACCUGGCGGUCCCCAGGCCGCCCUCGCUCAAAGUGCACUACAGCCCAUUCCAGUCUCGACACCAGCGCAUUUCCCCUAUAUGACGCACCCUUCAGUACAAGCCCACCACCAACAGCAGUUGUAA